UAAUUUUAACAAUUCUUUAAGAAUUUCACGUUUAUAUGGUAUUUGAAAAUUGUUUUUCUCCGAUCAAAUUAUAUUUCACUGCCGAAAAUUGCCGAAGCUAUCUUCGGCUCAUUCGGGUACCCACAUAGAAAAUGGAGUUUGAGCAAAGCAAGCGAAGCAGCUAUUCGCCAUCGUUGAUGGGCGCUCAACGACAGUUCGGAGCUGGGUGCAUCACAUAUCUUGUGACAAACGUGGAUUUUUGUGCUUAAUGCGAACAAAAAGUACGUCGAAGUGAAACUAAAUCAGUGUGCAAAACGUUUGAAGGUUUCCAAAAAUGUCAUCUGCACAAGUUGAUCGGACUACUAAAGUAAGUCAAAUUACUAAAAAGGAAAAUGAUAAAUCAAGAAAAGUAUUUAACUCUUCUCAUAAAAAGCAUAAGCAUGAGGAUAGCCGUCAUUUUAAAUUUGGUAGAAAGCGUCUACAAAGUUUUACUAGCAAUGGUAAAUUUUUUCCACCAUACAAACGUAGAAAGAAGGAAGGUGCAAUUAUUCCACCCACAAAGUUUCUGCUUGGUGGUAACAUAUGUGAUCCUUUAAAUUUAAAUAGCAUGCAAGAUGAGGAAAUAAAUAGAGCUAUGAACGCUGUUACACCUAAGUCUAGCCCAUUACCAACACCUAAGCAUAAAAAAGAAGUUAUCGAAGUCAUAAUUCCACCAAAUAUCUGUGAUCCUUUGAAUCUAAGCAAUUGCAAUGACAAUGACGAAUAUGAGAAACAACUUAUAUCACCGACAAAAAAGGGCUCUAAACGACGAAAUAGAAAGAAAAAACGAGUAUCUUCUGGUUCUGGGAAUGAUGCAAGUGAUUCUAUUGAAACUAAAAUUAAAGACUGUGAUGGUAUGGAUGUUGCAGAACCUAUGGAACAUAGUGUUUCAGAAAAUGUUGAAACAGAACAGCAACAACCACCAUUGAAUUCACCACCAAUUAAUACAUCCAGUCAAGUUAAAGAGUCAAAACCAGAAAGUCCACAAAAAGACAAGAAUAAAUUACGUUUAAAAGGUUUGGAGGAGCCUAAAGAUAAAAGGUUAAGAAAAUUAGACGUCAAAGAUAAAAUUGUCAGUCCCGUAAUUCCUCAACCUGGAGCAUGGAAGCCUAGGCCACAACAUAGACCGAGUCAAGACAAGAAAAAGAAACAAACAAUGCCUAAAUUCAGGGAGAAAGAUGCACGUUAUCAAUAUGGAAAUUAUAAUAGGUAUUAUGGAUAUCGCAAUUCUCAUAAUGAAAUGGACACAAGACUGACAGUAUUUGCACAGCGAAAACAUUUAUUUAUUGGGAAAGAUGUAUUAGACAUUGGUUGCAAUAUCGGCCACAUUACCCUUUCUGUUGCAAGAGAUUUCUCUGCUCGCAGUGUAACUGGUAUUGACAUUGAUAGAACACUUAUCAAUAUAGCUCGAAAAAAUAUCAAACAUUAUGUCAAUUGUGUACAGUCUCCUGCUGGUAAUGAAGACAACGAUCAUCAGGAUGUAAACUUCUUCCCAAUAUCUAUGCCAAUCAAUUAUGGCCCAGUAGAUAUUCCAGGUUUCACAAAAAAUAAAAGUCAUAAAGGUUUCCCUUACAAUGUUAAUUUUGUACAGGGUAAUUACGUGCUCGAGGAUGAUUCUUUAUUAUGUACAGAACAACCACAAUUUGAUGCGAUUCUUUGUUUAUCGAUAACCAAAUGGAUACACUUGAAUUUCGGAGAUGCAGGUUUAAAACAAGCUUUCAAACGUAUGUAUGCACAAUUACGCCCGAGUGGAGUUUUAAUAUUAGAGCCCCAAGGUUGGAGCAGUUAUACUAAGAAAAAGAAUCUCACAGAACGGAUAUACAAGAAUUAUCAAAGUAUUGAGUUUCGACCACACAAUUUCACGCAAUAUCUACUGUCUUCUGAAGUCGGUUUUUCCAAAUGCGAGGUAUUAUCGAUCCCUCCACACCCGGCAAAAGGAUUCCAACGGCCGAUCCAUUUGUUCACCAAAGCAGAUUUAUCGCAAGAUGAUUUUAGGAAGAACAUGUUGAACAGGCAAGAGCGAAGGGACGAAGAGAGAAGGAAAUUGAAGGAGUAUGAAAGAAAAUUGUUCAAAAAGGAAGACGCUAAAGAAGGGAACAUGUCGGAGAUCAGUCAACAAAGCAAUGAAUCCAUGAGCCAAUACGAUCAGUUAGAGAAUGUUUAUGCCCCUAGCGCGACGCCGUGCUACGAUACGCUUGGCCACAAUAAUGAUAAUCAAACACCAGACGCUUCGAAAAUGUGUUACGUGGAUGUAAAUAUAGAAACGGAUAAGAUAGAAACGGAUUGUAGUCAAAUCGAGUCGAACGUAACAUCCGAGAGCGUACAACCGACUAAUAAAUCGACUAAAAGUGAAAAUCAGACGUUCCGAAAGCGGAAUAUUGAAACGGAGGAGGUUAACAACGCUGUAGAUACAAAGAAACCCAAAAAUAUGGACGGAACUAUGAUCAGAUCUAUUCCCAGCGAGAUUGAAAGGAUAACGGAUGUUAAGGAAGAGGACACGUCGAUUUCCAUAAGUAGCAGCAGAUCGGGAAAGGAGCAAAGAAGGGAUGAAUCGAGUAGCCAAUCGACGGUUGAAAAGCAUCAUUCGAGUGAUCGUUUGAACGAAAGAAACGACGAGGAGGAAAGGAGUGAAAAGGGUUCAAAGACCAAGGGAUGGGAGGAAUUGGGAAACGGAUUAAGGAGUCGUUGCUCAAAGAGGCAAACGGAAAGGCAACAUUGUGAAUUGAUCUCGGAUAACACGUAAAUAGAUAUUUUUACCCUCUACACGUAAAAAAAAAACAAAAAAAAACAAACGGUGCUACCA